AUGCCUCAUCAUCAGACUCGGCCCGACUUGGAAUCACGAACUUCCAUUCAGCCUGAAGACUGGGACUGCUGUUCCCAAAGUCCAGAAGAGAUUCUGAAGUUGGACGAUUUAUCUGCCGUCUCAAUAGAAGCCAAGUCUAUUUCCAACCAAAACAAGUAUCUCUCAUUAGGUCUAUCAGAUGCAGUAUCAAGACAUUGCGGCAAAGAAUCACGAUACUUUAUAGGCGAGGAAAUUAAACAGUGCUCGGCAAUCGGUCUUCAACAUUGCAGUUUGUCCAUUAACACCAAAAUGGUAUCUUUUGUUGGAGUCGUCUCUAUAGUCGCUCAAAGCAUAAGGCUUUGUUUUGCCUCUCCUCAAUAG